CUAAAAAUGCCCAAAUGCGUUUUUAAAAUUUUGUAAACAAUUUGGAUGCCGGGGAAAAUGGAUCGUUUGGCCAGAGUUUUUUCCCAGCAGGACGGACUGAUAACCCUGGAUGGAGGAUAUAAGGAUGAAUAUGAAACCUUCAAGUGCCUGGACUCUCUGCCGGCGGAACAGCUCGCCAAAUUCCAGCAGCUGACAAUCAACCUGCUGAAGGAUUUGGAGCAGCCGCAUGAGAGCAAAAAGUGCAGCGAGAGAUCGCGGAGUCUUCGCGAGGAGGGCAACACUGUGUUCCGAGGUACCGGGUCGGACUCGGAGCGGUUACUGAGUGCCUGCAGGCUCUAUACGGGAGCCGUAUUUGAGGCGGAGGAUGCCCUGGAUGAGCUGGCUCUGGCCUUUGCCAACCGCGGAAUGGCCCUGCAGGAGUAUGGGUACUACCGAGAGGCCUACGAUGACUGUGCCAAUGCCUUGGAAUAUGGAUAUCCGGAGAGGUUGCGCCACAAGGUGAUCAUGCGGCAGGCCCACUGCGCCUGGAAGCUGGAGAAAACCGAGUCCUUGGAGAAGCACCUGAGGUGCCUGGAGCAGCUGCCGCUGAACGAGAGCUUCAAGCAGCAGCUGAAGGACUUACAGGAGAAACUACAGGUCCUUAAAAACCAAACCAAUGAGCUGGAUACACAAGAGGAAUCAAAGGACAAAGAUCUGGGGAAAAUCCUUACAGAUCCUGGGCAGCGUGGUCGCUUUAUGGUGGCCAAAGAACCGAUAGCCAAGGGCCAAAUCAUCUUCUCCGAGAGGGCCUCCUGCUUCGUUCCCUUAGAACAGCGGCUAAUUUGUCAGCAGUGCGCCGCCACUUUGAUGAGUGCACCUAUUCCGUGUCCGAAGUGCCAUCAAAGAGUCGUCUACUGCUCCAGGAAGUGUCGAGAGCUGCACUCAGCCAUUCACAGAUACGAAUGCGCCGCCUACCAAAGAGAUCUUCUCAAAAUGCUGGGUGUUUCGCAUUUGGCCUUGCGCCUGGUCCUCGCCUACAUGCCUCAGAUGCUGCCGCAUCUCCAGGAACUCAACACUGCCCAGGAAAUUUGGAAUGCUAUUAUUGAUUUGACAAAGAAACCCGAAGCGCAGGAAACCACUCCCGAGUACUUGCAAAGCCUGCGCAUGGUCAGCCAUCUGGAUCAGGCUUCUCAGGCGGAGUUAGUCUAUCAUAUUCUGUGUGCGAACCUGCUGCGACUUUAUCUAAAGGAGCACACCGACUUCUUCGAUCAAUUCAAUGCCACGUCAGCCAGCACUAAGGACUGGCAGCUGAUAACAUCAGCGUUGAUUCUUCGAUCCGCCGGCCAACUGCUGGCGAAUGGUCAUGUGGGCGAUGCCCUGCUCCCAGUUGGCUUGGAGUCAAACGAGUUUGCCCUGUUGCAGCCGGAUAUGUGGCAGAAGCCGCGGCACCUUAAGCUUGGUCAACUGCACAAUCUAGCCCAUUCGGAGCUGAUCACGGCCAUCAAUCUACCCUACCUAAGCCUGUGCAACCAUGCCUGCGAUCCCUCUAUUCGCACUAAGUUCGACGGUUGUUCUGUGGUUAACUACGCAGCAAGGAGCAUUUCAGAGGGCGAGGAGAUCUUCAACUGUUACACUAGGGAUUAUAAAAACAGUUCAAAGCUUCAGAGGUCCCAACCCUUAAAGGAGGUCUACAAAUUCCUGUGCAGCUGCGCCAAGUGCACCCGAACGGAUCCAGAUCAAGACUAUCUUAAUUUCCAUCGGUAUCGCUGCGAAAAACCCAACUGCCGGCAGGAAUUUCUGCCAGACGGCGAACUUCAGCGGAAUAAUCUCAGCUGGUGGCUGCCAUCUAACGCAGGCAACUAUAUUAUUUGCACAGUGUGCAAGGAAAGGCAAUAUUUUGCCUGGUACAAUGACUUCCUGGACCUCGUCGACAGCUGUGCUGACCCCUCAAAAAGAAAGGGUCUUUUCAAGGCCUUUGAUGAUCUUGACAAAUGGCUGGUGGGUCACCACCUUCUCAAAAGAAAUCUCGCAGAGGAACUGGUAACAGCCUGUUUUGUGGAGAUUGAUGAGGGCACUUUAUUGGAUAUGCAGGACUAUGAAAACCUGACGAGGAUUAUUCGAAAACAACUAGAAGGCACUGCUGCCCAGUGUGGCGAUACCUCCAUGGAAUACAUCGCCCAAAUGACCUAUCUCUGGGACCUGGUUGCCCUGAAUAAAUGCCAAAGUAACGAAGAGGAAAUUCUAGAGCUAAAAGGUAAGCUGGAAUAUCUGGCCAAGGAGCAGAGCGAGGUUUUCUUGAACUAUUACAACGAUUUUAUUGAGCAACAAUGUAAAUAACGAUAUACACGCAUUAAAUUCACUAGUUUCGAGCUACAAGCAA